AUGAAGAACGAGGACCAAGUCACCAUGGGAGACGACAAGUCCAGCCCAAAUGAUAGCAGUGAGAAGGAUGGUGUCGUCAACUCCACUACCUACGACGGGGUUGGAGAUGUCGAAAACCUUGAGAAGACGAAGAGAGGUCUCAAAGCCAGACAUGCUCAAAUGAUUGCUCUUGGAGGCACGAUUGGCACUGGUCUUUUCGUCGGAAGUGGAAGCACCCUCGCUAGAGGCGGCCCAUUGUUUAUUCUUCUGGCUUAUUCCAUGAUCGCCGCUCUCGUCCUCGGUGUCGUCACUGCUAUCACCGAAGUCGCUGCAUAUCUCCCAGUCAGUGGUGGAACGAUGGGGUUCUAUGGCCACCGAAAUGUCUCAGACUCUCUUGGUUUCGCUAUGGGAUGGCUAUACUUCUACUCUUUGGGUAUAUUGGUGCCUUACGAAAUCACCGCUGCAGGCAUCGUGAUCGAUUACUGGGAGACGGACAUCAACAUUGCUGUAUGGAUCUCGGUCUUCAUUGUUGUUAUCGUAGGACUUAAUACCCUCCCUGUGGCUUUCUACGGCGAGACAGAGUUCUGGUUUGCAUCGCUGAAGGUUUUCAUGAUGAUUGGGCUUCUGAUCCUUUCAUUUAUCCUCUUCUGGGGUGGUGGACCAAAACAAGACGGAAUAUUGGGCUUCCAUUACUGGAAGGAUCCAGGAGCGACGAACACAUAUCUCAAAACAGGAGACACUGGACGAUUUCUUGCCUUCCUUAAGGUUUUGGUCUCCUCGGCUUUCCCCUUCACUUUCGCUCCCGAAUUGCUCGUUGUGACCGGUGGUGAGAUGAAGAACCCACGUCGCAAUUUGCCCAAAGCAGCAAAGCGAUACUUCAUCCGUCUCGUUUUCUUCUAUAUCGGUUCAGUCAUUGCCAUCGGUGUCAUCUGCCCUUCUAAUGACGAGCGUCUAACCAACGGUGGUGUCGGUGCCGGAUCUUCAGCGUUCGUUGUUGGAAUUGCAGAUGCUGGUAUCAAAGGACUUGACUCAGUUAUCAACGCUGUGAUCAUCACCUCGGCUUGGUCGUCUGGAAACUCCUUCCUCUACAUGUCAUCGCGCUCUCUGUUCUCCCUCGCAGUCGCGGGCAAUGCCCCAAAGAUCUUCGCCAAGUGCACAAAGAAGGGUGUCCCAUACAUGGCAGUUGGAGCUUCGUCCCUCUUCUGUGCCCUUGCAUACCUCAAUGUGGCCAGCAGUGGAUCCGUAGUCUUCAACUGGUUCGUGAAUUUGACCAACACAUCUGGCUUCAUCUCUUGGAUCUGCUGUUGCAUCACCUACCUCCGCUUCCGCAAAGCAUGCGAUCUCCAGGGCGUCACAUACCCAGACCAAAUCCCAUAUCGAUCAUGGAUGCAGCCGUAUGGAGCUUGGGCAGCUAUUGUCUUCUUCACCUUCCUGACUCUCAUCAACGGUUUCGACGUCUUCUUUCCAUCACUCUGGUCCGCCAGUGGCUUUCUCACAGCUUAUGUCGGCAUUCCAAUCUUCCUUUGCAUCUACUUCGGCCACCGGAUAUAUAGUAUGAGGAAGAAUGAGCCCUGGGUUAUCCCGUCAGCCGAAGUGGAUCUGACGACCGGUCUCGAUAUUGUGCUUGCGAACGAGAAGCCAGAGUUGAAGGGUAACACAUGGAGUAAGAAGCUCCAGGGUUGGUUUACGUGA